UUGCAGAUUGCAUCAACUGUCCCCUGACUAAGAUGGUCAGUGAUGAAAUCAAGUCCAACAAAUCCAGAAGUAAACACAAACCAGACAAAUCUGAGACUCCAUUGAAGGAGAAGGAAAAUGCAGCUAAUAGGAGAAGUGAUGAAAAUUUGAUAGAUGGAGAUGCAAGGACACAAUGGUUCGUAUUGGCUGCAAUCAUACUCCUUUCUGUUGGCACAAGGCUUUACAAAGUGGAAACCCCAAAUCAUGUCUGUUGGGAUGAGACUCACUUUGGAAAAAUGGCAAGUUGGUACAUCAACAGGACGUUCUUCUUUGAUGUCCAUCCACCACUUGGCAAGAUGUUGAUAGCAGCAUCUGGGUAUCUGACUGGCUAUGAUGGCAAAUUUGACUUUGUUAAGCCUGGUGAUCCUUAUGGAGAUGUGAAUUAUUUAGGAAUGCGAGUGGUGUGUGCAUUGUUGGGUGCAGCUAUCCCUCCAAUGGUGUUUGUCACUGUAUGGGAGAUGACUUAUUCAUUGAAUGCAGCCAUACUUGCUGGAAGUUUUGUUCUCUUUGAUUUUGGGGUCCUUACUCUGACUCAGUACAUCUUACUUGAUUCAUACCUCCUGUUCUUCAUAUCAGCAUCCUUCAUGUGCUUGGCCAAGUUCAAUUCGCUUGCUGAUAGGCCAUUUUCACUCUCAUGGUGGACAUGGUUAUUCCUCCUGGGAACCUUCCUUGCCUCAGCAUUUAGUGUAAAGUUUGUUGGCUUAUUCAUCAUUCUUUAUGCUGGUGUGAGGACUGUUUGGGAUUUGUGGGUUAUUCUUGGUGAUCUGGAGAAACCAUUGAGCUACACAUUCAAGCACUUUGUGGCCAGGACCCUCUGUCUCAUCAUAUGGCCUGCUGUGAUGUACAUUAUUGUCUUUUACAUCCACUUGCAUGUUCUGUCCAAGUCAGGAAAUGGUGAUGGCCAUUACAGCACAGCAUUUCAAUCCACUCUUGAGGGGAAUCCUCUGUAUAAUGCGUCGAUGCCAGCCAAUGUGGCCUUUGGUAGUGAGAUCACCCUGAAGAAUUACAGAGUUGGGGGUGCUUAUAUACAUUCCCACUGGCACCUCUAUCCAAAAGGUGUUGGUGUGAGACAACAGCAGGUCACAACAUAUGCUCAUAAAGAUCCCAACAAUGUUUGGAUUGUGAAGUCUUUUGAAAAGCCUGCUCCCCUGCACAAUAGCACAGAACCUGUCCAACUCCUCAAAAAUGGGGAUUUGAUCCGCUUGGAACACAAGAUCACACGUAGGAAUCUCCAUUCUCACAAGGUUCCAGCCCCAGUUUCAAGAAAACAUUAUCAGGUGACAGGAUAUGGAGAGAAUGGCACUGGAGAUGCAAAUGAUAUCUGGAAAAUUGACAUACCAAAUGGAAAGCCAGGAGAUGAGGUUCAUCCUGUGAGGACAAUUUUCAGGAUUGUUCAUCAUCUAUCAGGCUGUGCUCUCUACUCACACAAUAAAAAUCUUCCUCGUUGGGGAUUUGAGCAAAUGGAAGUCACCUGCAAUCCCAACCUCAGACAUCCAUACAACCUGUGGAAUGUAGAAGAGAAUUACUUCCCAAGAUUGCCAAAUGUGAGCAUGGAGAUGCACAGACCCUCAUUCCCAAAACGCUUCAUAGAAGCACAUGCUGUGAUGCUUCAGGGGAAUGCAGGCCUGAAGCCCAAACCUGGGGAAAUGUAUGCUAAGCCAUGGCAGUGGCCCAUUGACUUUCGGGGACAGUGGUUUUCAGCUGCAGACUCUCUACAUGUGUACUUAUUGGGGAAUCCUAUAAUCUGGUGGGGAAAUUUGAUCUUCAUGACAGUCUUCCUGUGCUGCUUUGUCUACAACUCUAUCAAGGAACAAAGAGGGUACCUUGAUCACCCAAGUGUCAUGAAGCGGAAGCACAAAAUGCGGUAUGCUUGCUUGUGGUUCUUCAUUGGCUGGGCCCUCCACUACUGGCCAUUUUGGGCCAUGGGAAGAAUCCUUUACUACCAUCAUUAUUUCCCAGCACUCCUUUUCAGCACAAUGCUCUCAGGUGUGAUCAUUGACUAUUUGUUGGAGAGUUUGGGAUCUCUAUUGCCUCCAAGAAGUGCUUCCUCUUUGUAUCACUGGACAAUGGGACUUAUCCUCUCAGGUGUUGCUUACAGUUUCUGGCUGUUCUCUCCACUGGCAUAUGGAUACACUGGAACAUCACAGAUGACCAACAGCACUGUGCAUGGACUGAAAUGGAUAGAAUCUUGGGAGUUUUGAAGGUACUUGUUCUCAUUCAUCUUGUUGAUAUGUGAUAUAUGUUAAUUUAUUGGUGCAUGAAACUGUUAUUGUUAAGAGAUUUACUUUUUUUGAACUCCAAGUGUUUUCAAGUAUUGGAGGGUCUGUCACUCACGAUGGUUGUGAUGCACAUAGAUCUAGGCCCCAAUAUGGCACCCUCUCUUGUGUUCCCUUUAUCUCACAUUCCAGAUCUUACAUUCCGUCUCUGAAGUGCAGUAUAUAGUAUAUUU